AUGUCUCCAAUUCAUCAAGUGCAAUUCCAUACUUCAUUCCCAGAUACCUCUGCGGCAAUUGACCGUAGAAUUCCUGAAUUUGCUCCUGCUCAUAUCUCAGAUGAAGAUAAAUAUUUCCGCAACCAUGAACCACCAGCUUACUUACCUGAAAUUGAAAAGGAAAUAGAACAGUUUAUUCAAUUCCACAAGGAAAACACUAAUAGAAGAAUUGUAUUGGUUACCUCUGGUGGUACUACUGUCCCAUUAGAAAACAAUACUGUUAGAUUUAUUGAUAAUUUUAGCGCUGGUACCAGAGGUGCAACUUCAGCAGAAUACUUUUUAGAAAACGGAUACGCCGUGAUAUUUUUACAUCGUGAAUAUUCAUUAUUACCCUACUCAAGACAUUAUAGUCAUUCCACAAAUUGCUUCUUAGAUUUUAUGACUGAAAAUAACGGGAAAAUUGAAAUUAAUUCCAAAUACACAGAAGAAAUGUUACUAGUUUUAAGAAAAUACAACCAAGCACAAGCUAAUAAUACUUUGUUGCUUAUUCCUUUCACUACAGUUAAUCAAUACUUGUACACUUUAAAAUCUGCUGCUGAAAAAAUGCACGUUUUAGGAAGCACUGCUUUGUUCUACUUGGCAGCAGCCGUCUCAGAUUUCUUUAUUCCCAAAUCAAGAUUAUCAGAACACAAGAUUCAAAGUUCAGCCACCGUUGAUGGCCAAUUACAAAUUAACUUAUCUCAGGUACCGAAAUUCUUGAGUAGAUUAGUUGACAAUUGGGCUCAAGGUGCCAUGUUUGUUUCUUUCAAAUUGGAAACCGACAGCAAUAUUUUGAUUCAGAAGGCCACAACUGCGUUGGAAAGAUAUCAUCAUCAAUUAGUUAUUGGUAAUUUAUUACAAACCAGAAAGAACGAAGUCGUGUUUGUGACACCAAAUGAUUCUCAUUGGAUAAAACUUACGGAAGACGAGAUUAAAGAUCAUAUAGAAAUUGAAUCUAGAAUGAUACCCGAAGUUAUCAAACAUCAUUCUGAAUGGAUCACUCAACAUCCAAACUAA